AUGGUCUAGUAAUACUUACAAUAACAUGGAGAAAAUCAUGAAGAAGCCUUGAAAAGCGAACUAGCAUAGAAAUUUGAAGAUUACUUGAAAAUGAACAGUACAGAUAAAUUGAACCUAGGCAAGAUCUAAAAUGUUUUUGAAUACAUGGUUAGAGAAAAGCAUUCAUAGGAAGACAUUUAGAAAAGCUUUAUAAUGCUGCUGGCUAAAGAAUAGUACUUUGAAGCUAACUUCUUCUUAAAGGGGAUCGUUUAGUCAGUCAUCGAUUAAUCAUCGAUUCCUGAGCAAGUCUAGUUCUUUAACUUUAUGGAAAAAACAAAUCUGAUUUGGUAAUUUAGUCACAUUUAUUUCGAUAAUAUCCUGAAGCAAACUGAGAGCAAAUACUAAGAUUAUUUCAAACUUGAUAGAGAUGAUGCUUUUAAGAAUUAUACCACCAAUUAAAAAAUAAUAGAUUAUAGAUCUCCAAACAUUAAGACCAAAUUAAUUUGGAUCAGAGAUAGACAGAAGAAAAUGCUUGAUAAGAUGCUAAUGAGAAAUAUAACAGACUUCUCAAAUGAGUAAUUAAUUGAUUUAUUGUAGGGUUAUUCAAAGCAACAAUAAGGAUCACCAAUCAAAACAAAACUUAUUUUAGAAAAAUUAAGCCAUGACUAUCAAAUCACUGAUAUCGAUAAAGCUCUAUAACUUGCAAGCACGCUCUUACUACUUCCAAAUCACUCUAAAAAGCUUGGCGAAAAUGUCUAUACAUAACUUAAGAUGGAUUUAUUUGACUACAUCAACAAGAACUUCAAAGAUAUUAUCCAUGUCGAUCAGUUUGUUACUCUAAAUAAUAUAAUUCUAAAUCCAGAAUACUACAAAUAAUUUGAUAAAAAGGACAGAAUUCUACCUUAAGAAGUAACCACAAUCCUCGUCAAUGAAUUUGAAUCAAAGUUACACGAUGUAAAUAAAAUAGAUUACCUAAAUAUGAUAAUAAAUGUAGUCAAAUACAAUCACUAAGACCUUUCUGCUUAAUGGAGAAAUGAUAUGAAGGCUAUGAUAAUUGGAGUAAAUAAUAGUUCUCUUUUACUUAGUCAUACUUAUCAUCACGAGUAUGACAAUAAAACUUUAGAGAAAGCAAUUAUUUAAAGUAUAAAACUCAGAUUUGAUGAGGAAUUCACUUAAGUAUUAGAAAAUAGUACAUCAAAUAUGAAUUAUCUUAUAUUGCUAUCUGGAUUAAAAGGAUUAGUGGAGUCUAAGAAAGAUUAUAAUCAUCUUGAUCCUAAUUUGAUUCUCUCAAUUUUAGAUAUAAACCUAAGAUAACCUAAAAGUGAAGAUAACUUGAUUUUAGUCAGUAGAGAAUUUGGUAAAGACAUUGUGAAGCACAUGGACUCGAAUAUGUUUAAUUAUUAGUAGUUAGAUAUAAUUUAAAAGGCAGCUAAAAGAUAUAGUAUAUUAUUUCCUGAGCCUUUGGAGUUGUAUAAUAAAUGCAUCAGAAUUAGUUUAGAAAAGUUGCUAAAGAAAGUUUGA